AUGGCUAAAAUUAAACAUCGAUUUUACUUUCCCGAUAUGAAUAACAUUAUCAAAAAAUACGUUAAAGCAUGUAAAGACUGUCAAUCAAGAAAGCAUGAUUAUGGUUUACCAAAAGGAGGACUAACACCAAUCGAAUCAACCGAACCGUUUCAAAUUAUUGGAAUGGAUUUCUUAGAUCGCGGAACUCAAUUCUGUUCAGAUUUAGCUGAAAGAAUAUAUGAGAUAAUGCAUACAAAACACAUCAAGACAUCACCAUACCAUCCACAGUGUAAUGGACUUGCAGAGAAACAGUUAUUUGCAUACAAUACCGCUAAACAAGAAUCUACAAGAAAUAGUCCAUUUUAUUUACUUUAUGGAAGACAUCCCCGACUUCCAAUUGAUAAUGUAUUAAAUUUAUCAUCUAGUUUUGAUGAUACAAAAGAAGUUCAAAUAAGAUUUCAAGAGGCCAGAGUUAUGGUCAAAGAGUUCAUUAAAGAUGCACAAGCAAGACAAAAAAGAAAUUAUGAUAAAAAUCACCGGUUUAUUGAAUUUAAUAUUGGCGCCAAGGUUUUGUUAUACCGCAAGAGACGUGUGCGAGGACUUAGCGAGAAAUUGAUCAAUAAUUUCUACGAAGUUAUUGAGAAAUUUAAUAACGCUUAUACAAUCAAAGACAUCUAUUCGGCAGUCUAA